GAGUGAAGAGAGCAGACCAGAGUGUGCCGAGAAAGUGGAAGGAGACAGACAGGCAGACAGACAACCCACCGGUCGUUGCGGCUAUCGCAAGUCUCAAGACUCAAUUUUUAAGCAUUUUAGAGUACAAAUUUUGAUGGUUUGGUGAUGGGAUCGCACCAGAAUUCCAUGUAACAACGACCCUCUUGUUAUCUUUUUCGUAUUUGCAGAUUUUCAUACACCAUUACAUUACAUGUACCCCUAUCUUUUGCUGCUGUCAUCUUCAGAGACCUGAAUCAUCACCCGAAAAACCACUCACCUUCUUGAUAAUCAAAACCUAAAAUGGGGUCUCGAUUCCCAUCUCAUCAGCUGAGCAGCGGCCUCUAUGUAUCUGGCCGCCCAGAACAGCCGAAAGAGAGAACACCAACCAUGACAUCAGCCGCCAUGCCUUACACAGGCGGCGACAUAAAAAAAUCUGGCGAGCUCGGAAAAAUGUUUGACAUUCCUGUAGAUGGCUCCAAAUCAAGAAAAUCUGGACCAAUCACUAGUGCUGCAGCUAGAUCGAGCUACUCUACGUCAGGCCCCAUAUCAUCCUUUGGUGUUUCUGGUUCUUCGUCUAUGAAAAAAUCAAAUUCUGGUCCACUGAAUAAGCACGGGGAGCCUAUCAAAAGAUCCUCUGGCCCACAAUCUGGUGGAGUAACCCCGGUAACCCGCCAAAACUCGGGUCCUCUGCCGCCGGUUCUUCCAACAACAGGUCUCAUUACAUCUGGACCCAUUUCAUCUGGCCCACUUAACUCAUCUGGAGCCCCACGAAAGGUAUCCGGACCUUUGGAUUCGAGCGGGUCGAUGAAAUUACAUGGUUCUUCCUCAGUUAGCAACAAUCAGGCUGUGACGACUCUUGGUCAAGAUGAUGAGUAUUCGUUUAAGAGGAACCUCCCGAAAACUAUACUGUGGGCGGUUAUUAUGCUUUUCGUGAUGGGGUUUAUUGCGGGUGGUUUUAUUCUGGGAGCAGUUCGCAAUGCUGUUCUUCUCGUUGUUGUUACUGUUCUGUUUUGCAUUGUUGCUGCUCUGUUCGUGUGGAAUUCUUGUUGGGGGAGAAAAGCUGUCGUUGGCUACAUUACAAGUUAUCCAGAUUCGGAACUGAGAACUGCUAAAAACGGGCAAUACGUCAAAGUUUCUGGGGUGGUUACGUGUGGAAAUGUUCCACUAAAAUCAUCCUUCCAGAAGGUUCCAAGAUGCGUGUACACUUGCACAAAUUUGUUCGAGUACAGGGCAUGGGGUUCCAAGGCUGCAACUCCUACACACCGACGUUUCACAUGGGGGCUUAGAUCUUCAGAGAAGCAUGUUGUGGACUUUUACAUAUCGGAUUUCCAGUCUGGGCUGAGAGCAUUGGUCAAAGCUGGCUAUGGUGCACGUGUGAUUCCGUACGUGGAUGAAACUGUAGCCAUUGAUGUUGAUCCACUAAAAAACGAAUCAUCUCCAGAACUUAUCCGCUGGCUAGGAGAGAGGAACCUAUCAGUCGAUGAUCGUCCGAUGCGAUUAAAAGAAGGGUAUAUAAAGGAAGGGAGCACGGUAAGUGUGAUGGGGGUGGUACAGAGGAACGAAAACGUGCUAAUGAUAGUUCCACCGGGAGAGGCAUUCACAACAGGGUGUCAGUGGAGUCAAUGUAUAUUUCCUAGUAGCUUUGACGGUAUCGUGUUGAGGUGCGAAGAUUCAUCAAAGGUCGAUGUUAUACCAGUCUAGUUUCUUUAAACAAAUAGGCAUAUAAACAAUCGGGACGGGGUUUUUUGCGACAAGACAAGCCACAGCUUGCUUAGUAGGUGUUUUGGCUGUUCAUGUAUAUUCUUAGGUUUGUUUGUUUGUGUAUUUGUUUAUUUCUUGGAGUCUUGGUAAAUUGGUAAAGCUUUGUUUGUUGACGACUAUGGAAAUACUUUUACAUGUUUUCAGUUCAAGAACAGUUUUUUUUUUUUUUUA